AUGUGCACAACAGCUGCACCAAUGUAUUUUCCAUCUUAUCGCUUGCACGAUACUGUAUUCGUCGACGGUGGAGUUCAAGCCAAUAAUCCAGCAAUGUGUGCCUAUACUGAGGCAUGCAAGAAAAAUGUCAAACGUGAGGAUAUUUUUAUUCUAUCUCUUGGUACAGGCGAUUAUGUACCAGAUCCAUUGAAUCCGAAUGCUAAGCGACAUCUUUUAUUUUGGUUAACUAAUAAGCAUGAUGCUUUGAGUGUCAUUUUGAAUGGUCCAGAACGUAAUAUUGAUUAUCAAUUAAGUAAUAUAUUAGGUAGUGAUCAUUAUAAUCGAUGGCAGGUUUGGCUUGAAAAACCAAUUUCACUUGACGAUAUAAGCAAAGAAAGUUUAGACAAUCUAAUAGAGCUUGCUCGUGCUCAUUUUGACGAAAUGGAUGCUUCUGAUAGUAAUAAUCGAUUAGGAAAACUUAUCGAGCGAUUUAAAGAGUAA